AUGGCUGCGCAACUUGCACAGAUGAUACUACUUGCGGGUCUUGCACUUCAGAAAGUGAUGCAGUAUCUUCAACUUCUCCAAACACUUGCUCAGCUAAAUGCACAGAAAAGUUUAAGCAUUUGCGUUAUUAAGGACAAAUUUUUAUAUUUUAAUUCAUAAUUUUCAAGAAGCAAUGAACAGUUGGCUCAAACGGCUGCGCAACUUGCACAGAUGACACUACUUGUGGGUCCUGCACUUCAGAAAGCGACGCAGUAUCUUCAACUUCUCCAAACACUUGCUCAGCUAAAUGCACAACUGGCUCAAAUGGCUGCGCAACUUGCACAGAUGACACUACUUGCGGGUCUUGCACUUCUGAAAGCGAUGCAGUAUCUUUAA